AUGAUAACCGCACCAGACGAAUCAGACGCAAACGCAGUAGUAGCGACAGGCCACCGUCUAAGAUCAUCCGACAUCAAUGCUUACGAAAACGACACUUCAUUUUCUUCUUCAUCCUCUUAUUCAAACGCCGUAGCCGCUUCUGCCGCCGCAGUCUCUAGCUACGGUGGCUCAGCCGCGUUUUCGGCGGUUGCCACGUGUCAACAAGGUGUUGGUGGGUUUGAUGAUGCUGAUAUGGAUGGUGUUAAUGUUAUUAGGUUUGGAGCAAACCCUACUCGUGACGUGUCGCUCACGCUUGGUCUACGCCAUGCUGACAAUAUGCCUGAUAAGGACCCUUCUUUUUGCGUUAGAGAGUUUGGGGGAUUUUAG